ACGUUUACAACAAGUAAACCAACAAAAAAGACCUAGAAAACAAAGAUGAGUGGCCUUACGCGGCUCAUCGUUUUUAUCUCCAUGUUUGCCUUCAUUACUCUGAUGUCAGAAGCCCAAUACCUUCUUCCGAUCAUGAAACACGAACCCUCCAAACAAUACUACACAGCUUUCGACAUCGGAUCCGCCGAGAAGUCUUACGCUACCCUCGUCCUCGAUCUCGAAACCAACCUAACGUGGCUCAACUGCCGCGAACUCAAAUCUUUAUCAUCACUCCGCCUCAUCACUUGCAAGAGCUCCACCUGCAAGUCCAUCCCCGGCAACGGCUGCGACGGAAAAUAUUGUCUUUACCGUCAACCAAACCCUCUCGGCAAACCCGUCACCGGCCGUGUCGUUCAAGACAAAGCUACCUUCUCCACUACAGACGGCGGAAGACAACUCUCCGAAGUCUCUCUCCCCCGCUUCACAUUCUCCUGCGCCACACAAGGCCUCUCCCUUCCGAUCGCCGGAGUUCUCGGUCUUUCCCCGGCCGGAGAGUUUCCGUUCUGGAGACAGGUGACGAGAGCGUUUAACGUCAUCCCCAAGUUCGCUCUCUGCUUGCCUUCUUCCGUCUUCGACGUCGGUCAUUUCUAUGUCGGUGGCGUUAACGGCUAUAUUAUCCCGCCGUUCAGUUGUAGCAGUAAUCCCAUCCCGAUGACUCUGACGCCGUUGAAAAACAUUGAGUCGGGAAAAUAUAUAAUCUCCCCCACGUCAAUCUACGUCGACGGAGUACCUUUAUCGUUGAACCCAAGUUUGCUUGAAGGCGGAGCAAAGAUCAGCACGGUGGUUCCAUAUACCGUUCUACAAACCGAUAUCUACAAUGCUCUUGCUAGUGCGUUUACGCUUCAAGCAAAGAAAGUAGGAAUGUCUGAGGUCCCAGGAAUGGCUGAGUUCCCAGGAUUUACACCAUUUAAAACCUGCUUCGAAGAAGGCGGUUCCAGGAGGAACGUAGAGGAGUUCAUGAACGUGCCGGUGAUAGAGAUUGGUCUGCCAGGGAGGGCAGGGGAGGUGAAGUGGAGGUUUCACGGUGCGAAUACGGUGGUGAGAGUGUUGGAGACGGUGAUUUGUUUGGCAUUCGCCGACGGAGGAAAGAAACCUACUGAGCCGAUGGUCAUUGGGACGCAUCAGCUUCAAGAUUAUAUGAUCGAAUUCGAUUUGAGCACCACGCGUAUGGCUUUUAGUGACUCUCUCUUGAGCCAUAAGACUAGCUGUUCCGCGUGGCCUUCCCGGAGACAGAAUCAUUCACACAUGAUGUUAUAAAGAUAUCGUCUUUGACUAUUUCAGCUUUUUACUUGUGU